AUGCAUCAAGCCACCCACUACAGCCGCUUGCAGAGGAUACAAGUCGUCAGGAUGCAGACCAUCAAGGGACACAACCACUUGGGCACCGUGAAGGAAGUCGACCCUGCAGACUUUGAUCGUCAGUAUGCCGAUCCAGCUGCACCAGACAGUCCCCCAUUCGCACCACACACACCUCGAGAGACCCAGGUAACACCUCGGCCCACCAGUGAGCAGCAGAGACCUGCUGUUCAGUCUCCAACGAAGCACGUUUUAGCUUUAGGCCACAUCUUGAAAAUGGCAGAAAGGAUUGAAGGUCUGAAUUUGGUGUUACUGGGAAAAAUGGGAGCUGGGAAGAGUGCAUCAGGAAACACAAUACUGGGAAGAAAAGCUUUUGAAUCAAAGGAAAGUUUCACUUCUGUCACACAAGAUGUUGCUGUUGAAUAUGGGUGGGUCUGUGGACGACGGGUCACUGUUUAUGAUACACCAGGAUUAUUCAACACAAAGCUCAGUGAAGAGGAGAUUCAGCAGAUGAUAAAUGAAAAUGUUCUUCAGAGAUGUGAAUCAGGUCGCUGUGUGUUUCUGCUGGUCAUCAAAGCUGACAGAUUCACUGGAAAAGAGAGAGAAACUGUGGAGAAGAUUGAGAAGCUGUUAGGAGAAGAACGCUUAAAGAAAACCUGGAUUCUCUUCACUGGCAGAGAUGAACUAGAGGAAGAUAACAUGUCAAUAGAUGAAUUCGUCUAUGAGACUGAAUCACUGAUGAGACUGGUUCAGAAAUAUGAUCAGAGAUACCAUGUGUUCAACAACAAGAAGAGAGAACCUAAUGGACAAGUUCAAGAGCUGCUUACAAAAAUAUAUUCAACAUACCCUGACACAAUAGGUGAGGAGUUAGCAAUGGAGAUCAUGAGAAGUGUUUAUAUAUCCAGUCCUGGACUGUGCGUUUUUCUCAUUGCUCUUAGCGUAAUUGACAGAUUCACUGAACAGGAGCUGCCAAUUCCUCAGAUCAUUGAGAUGCUUGGAGAAGAAGUGUUAAAAUACUCCAUCAUUCUCUUCACUCGUGGAGAUGAUGAAGAGCUGCUGAGGCCGAUUCCAGUCAGACUUCUUGAUGAACCAGACACUUCCAGAUGGAUUGUUCUUCUGGGUAAAACUGGUGUUGGGAAGAGUGCAGCUGGAAACACAAUACUGGGACAGAGAGAGUUCAGAUCUGAGAGGAGUUUGAGAUCAGUAACCUGUGAAUGUUCAGAUAAACACGCCACUGUUUCAGGCAGAUCUGUGACUGUAGUUGAUACUCCUGGAUUCUUUCACACAGAGAUGAAAGAUUAUGAGUUAAUGUCAGAGAUAGCGUGGAGUGUUUAUUUAUUCAGUCCUGGACCGCACGCUUUCAUCAUUGUGAUUAAUCUGAGUAUGAUAUUCAUUGAACAGGAGCAGCAGAUUGCAGAACAGAUUAAAACACUGUUUGGUGAAGAAGUGUUAAAAUACUCCAUCGUUCUCUUCACUCAUGGAGAUCUGCUAGAAGGAAAGCCCAUGAAGAAACUCAUUUUAGAGAGCAGUAGAUUAAGAGAUCUAGUUGAUCAGUGUGGAGGCAGAUUUCACGUCUUCAACAAUAGAGAUGUGAAUAACAGAGAUCAGGUGAAUGAUCUACUGCAGAAGAUUGACACAAUGAUAGAGCAGAAUGGAGGAGGACACUACAGUAAUCAGAUGCUUAAAGAUCCUCUGAGAUUCAGACGAGAGAAAGAAGAGAGGAGACAAAGAGAGGAAAAGGAGAGAAAACAACAAGAGAAGAAACUAAGACAAGAGGAGUUUGAGAGAGCAAUAAAAUACACAGAGGAGAGAAUCAGAGCAGAGUUUGAAGGUCCACCAAGAUUUUUACAAGAAAGACUUAAAGCAAUAAGACUGAGAGAGGAACAAUGGGAGAAGAUUGAGAGAGAAAGGAGACAGAACACAGGAGUUCUGUACAUUGGGUGGUUUGUAGUCCCCGAUCAAAAGGGAAUAGAAAUGAUUAGAAAACAAGAGGAGGAACAUAGACAAGAGGAGAUUGAGAGAGUGAUAAAGGAGACAGAGAGGAGAAUCAGAGAAGAGUUUGAAGGUCCACCAAGAUUUUUACUAGAAAGAUUUAAAUUAAUGAGACUGAGCGAGGAAGCGGAGAAAACACACCGAGAGGAGAUUGAGAGAGUGAGAAAGGAGACAGAGAGGAGAGUCAGAGAAGAGAUUGAAGGUCCACCAAAAUUUUUACUAGAAAGAUUUAAAUCAAUGAGACUGAGCGAGGAAGCGGAGAAAACACACCGAGAGGAGAAACAAAGACAAGAGAUUGAGAGAAAGGAGACAGAGGAGAGAGUCAGAGCAGAGUUUCAUGGUCCACCAAGAUUUUUACAAGAAAGGCUUAAAGCAAUGAGACUGAGCGUGGAAGAGAGGAUACAACAAGAGGUGGAACGAGAGGAGGAACAACAGGAGCAGUUUGAGAGAUUCUUUGACCACCCGUUUACAUCAGUGAGACAUGGGUACAGACUGCAUGAUAUGAGGGAUAUGAGAGAGAUGGAAAUGAGACAUAUGGAAAUCAUACGUAAGGAAAUGCAGAUUGAACUACAAGAGGAGAUUGAGAGAGUGAUAAAGGAAACGGAGGAGAACAUCAGAGCAGAGUUUAAAUGUCCACCAAGAUGA